CGUCUCUCAUAUAUUGUCCUUUAUUUCUUCUUUUUGAGUCCUAUACUGCCAUUCUACACCCGCCUUCAGCUGGGUCAGCAAAGAUGAUGAUAGUGAACGUCUUAACACUCACACAUUCUCAAACGCGGUCUCAAGCGGGAACCUACAAAAAUGCCCUCGCGCACGCGAUUGCGAAUCGAUCACGUCCGGAAGUCUAUUCUUGAUCCUAGAAGCCUAGGUCCAUGCCUUCAGCUGGACCAAUUAAGAAAAUACGCCCAUACCUAUUAGACAACACGUCUCAUGGCGACAUGACCGGGAACCCUAUCGAUAUAAACGAUCCCACUCUCUGCCAGAAUUCUAACCGCGCACCGAAAAUUUAAUAUCAGACUCACGGUUCACGCGACCAUUCAAGAACACACGUUACAAAAUCACGUCAGCGCACAAACGUUAGAGCCCCUCGCAAUUGUCCAAGCAACUUACGCCCACGAACUCGCAAACAUGAUUACACCCCGGUGAUAAGGUGAAAAUCUCAGCACUCAUAAACUUAGCAACACGAUCUCAAGCGUCAACCUACAAACUCCCGCGCUCGCGCCGUCAUGAAUCGGGAUCGUCCGGAAGACUCUAUCCUCGGUACCAGCAAUCUAGGUCCUUGUUAAUUAAUAAAAAAAAUAAUAAAAUUGAAAAAUAACUCCCAUAUCCACUAGACAAAACGUUCCAUGGCGACAUGACCGGAAACUCUAGUGAUAUGGGGUAACUCUCUCCCUGUCAGAAUGUGAUCCGUACACCGAAAGCUAAAGAUCAGAAUGACGGUCCGCGAAUAUAUGAAUGGCCGCAGGGUUUCAAAAUCGAAUUUAUACACGCGAAGUCACAUACACGCGAGCACACGCGACAAACACGUCAACAUACGAACGCUUUAGCCCUUCGCGAUCAUCUACGCACACCUAUGCCCGCGAUCGCGUAAACUUGAUAACACUCCGGCAAUUGUGUGAACGUUUUAGUACUUACAAAGUUACAAACGCGGUCUCAAACGCGAACCCGCAAACGCGCGCGAUCAUGAAUCGGUCACGUCCGGAAAACUGUAGCCUUCAUUCUAGCAAUUUAGGUCCAUACAUUCAGUUGGACCAAUCCAAAAAAAAUAAAGCUCAUAUCCACUAGACCACGCGUUCUACGGCGACAUGAAUGGGAAUUCUAAUGAUAUGUAAGAACCCACUUUCUUCUGGAAUCUGAACCGUACACAAAAAAUUAAGUAUCAGAUUCACGGUCCGCGCGCGAUCAUUCUAGAACACACGCGAAUACGCGAAAGGCACACGGUUAUGAAAUAGAAUUUAUACACGCGAAGUUCAUACACGUUAGCACACGCGACAUACAAACGCGAUCGAGCACGUUAACAUACAAAUGUUCGAGCCCUUCGCGAUGAUACACGCGAUCGCGAGUCCCUACGCCCGCACAUGCCUGAACCGUACAAUGAAUAUCACAUUCAGAAUCACGGCCCGCUACAAUUGGCCUAUUGCAGUGUUUUAUUGGGCGACAUUGCCUGUCUCGUCUGCAAAUUGUAGUAUGUGAUUCUGACGGGGAGCCCUUCCGAGAACCUAGCUCUACAGCUCCAGUAGGACAACUCUCGAAAAAGAAAAAAAAAUAAAGAAAUAUAUUCUGAUCUCAAUAAAUAAUAUUUAAAUUUCAAUAUAAAAGCAAAUGAUAAUUAAUCGUUAGCUAAAUAGUGGUAUAAAUAUGGCCAAUGUCAUCAUUCAUGCAGUCCAACAACAGCAUGCAGUACCAAACACCGUGUAUCAUGCCCUUUAUGCACAUUAUUAUUUGGGAAUGAGCAAAAAAGAUAUUGCUACAAUUUACGGCAAGAGCUUGUUCACAAUUUAUUCGUGGUUAAGAAAGUUCGAAAAUGAAGGUGUCUACCAACGGAAAAAGCGGAUCCAAAUCUACAAGAAGUUCAACGCGGAAAUGAGAUUAUGGUUAGUGCAAUUGUACCAGGAGCAUCCUUUGCUAUUGUUGGACGAAGCUAAGGAGAAGUUUCAAAAGCACUUUCAAAUAAGCAUAAUUGUUUCCUCGGUUUGUUUCAUUCUGCAUGAAGCUGGACUUCUGGCUAUUCCGUGGGACAUUUAUAAUUUGGUGUUCUUGGACGAAGUGAGUUUUGACAACAGGGAUAUGUUACGCCGUAAGGGAUAUGGUGUUGUGGGGCAAAAAGUUAUUUACAGUGGUGAAUUUUGCCGCAGACCACGUUUAUCUUUCUUGUGUUUCUUUGGAUCAGACGGAAUUUUGGAUAGUUUUUGGACGGAUGGAACGUUUAACCGCACUAAAUUUUUUGACUGCGCUCGCGAGUUCGCACUACGAAAUCCGAAAGUCUAUCAAUAUCCACGAUUGCAUUCAGUUUGGAUAAUGGAUGGUGCAAGAAUUCACUGCGAUGCUAACAUUAUUAGAUAUCUGCGAUCAAUAGGCAUACUACCAAUAUUCCUUCCGGCUUACUGUCCCUUUUUCAAUCCCAUAGAAAUAGUUUUCGGUCUUAUCAAAAAACGCAUGCAACGAACACGACAAGAGAAUACACCAAUUAUGAGUGACGUAUGCGAAACUAUAAGCUAUUUUAAUAAAUAAUCCUAUAAAAGCCUGUUCGCUCAUUGCGGUUACUAUUACGGGGGAAAUUUCUACCCAGAAAAAGGACUACAGACACAUUGCAGCGUUAGGGGACAACGUUUGCACGCAUUAAGCAACUGUUAACAGCUUGUCGUUUGAAAAAUCCUACGAUGUACGCUCAAAACACUUAAUUGAAUACUUUAAAAGUCCUAACACAACGUUAAUGUUAUGGGUUCGAUAUUUUUCAGGUUGUCAUUUCAUUCUGAGAGGUGAAAAUGUCGCGUUAGGGGACAACAGGGCAAAAUAUUGAUUUUCCAACCUACACUUGUAUUAAUCAAAAAACCUGCUCUAUCUCAAACUUUAGAGCAUCCAUUUGUUCUACGGAAUUUGAUCAUCGAUAGUCACAGAACAAUACAGUAUACUUAGAUUUUCGUGCUUUCAUGAAAUUUUUUUCACGACCGUUGUAAACGCUGCGUUAGAGGACACCAAAAUGAACACAAACGGUCGCAUAUGAAGUGUUGUCCCCUAACGCGACCGAAGUGUUUAUUGAAGCUCAAACAGAGCGAAGUAUAUUGCCUCUAGACAUGUAGAUAACUCAAAACAAAGAUUUAAAAUGCCAAACUAGAUGUAUUUCUAGUUUCACCUUCAUGUGUAUUUUACAAAUGAUAUUUAGAAAUCAAAUUAAUAUGGAUUGAGAACAGGCCACACCGCAUACCAUAGUGUGGCCCGGUAUAGAAGAGAUUGUAGACCACAAUCGCCACUUUCUAAUGGUUCGAAAAAGGUGGCUUCAAGUAGUUUUGGAUAGUUGAAUACAUUAUUGACAUCGGAAAAUAUAUUAAAUAAAAUUAACUGUUUAUUAGGGUGACUCAACAAUUUGUUAUUUUGUUGACCAAAUAAGUUUUUUCAGGCAAUUUUAAUGCGCUGACUUUGUUUUUUGACAUUAUAAAAUCUUGAAAAUAAAAUUGACUGUUGAUUAGGGCAGAUCAAAAAACCUCAUUAGGCUGGUUCAAUAUUUAUUUUCUUGUUGCGUUAAAAAUAAACAAAUGUGACACUGAAGCAACUCAGCAAAGAUAAGACUGUCAAACGAUUAUACUCAGUCAAGCAGUUAUGAUAUUUACAUAAUGUAUAUAAUGUCGCGAAAAACCAGUAAUACGGUUGAAGUAAAGAUUUCGAAAUAGAAUCCCUUCCAGUUCAACCUCUGGCGUUUGUUCAACCGUUUCUAUUCAUAGAUCUGCAAGAAGACACUUAAUAGUUAUGAUUGCGGAAAUUAAUCAAAAUGCAGCCGCUUUACGCGAUUUUUGGAAAAGAAGGGAAAGACGCAGCUUUUGGAAAAUUUAGAUAAAUUUUAGUACAAAAAAAAUUGUUAAAAAUCUGCACACAAUUGCGGUAUUAUGGGUCAGCUGGCCGGCUUGUCACUGAAUUAUCUAAAUGAUAAAAAACUGGAGAAUUUCGUGAAAUUGUAUCUUUUAUUUGCGAAUUCUGAGAAAUACGUAUCCUCGAUAAAAUUUUGACUUUAACGUGCUAUAAAAACAUUAAAAAGCUGGGUUAAACUACGAUGUUUGGUUCAUGUAGAAGAUCAACAAUCAAUUUCGAAAAAACAAACCGUGGUUUGUUCCAAGUGGCCAAUAAUUAUAAAC